GCACAGGACUCUUUCUCGUUCCAAGAAACGCCCUAUAACGCAUGAUCAUUUUCUCCCUGACACUCGGGUGGAAGAAAAGUCACGCGUGUUUUUGAGCGGCCACGCCUCUUACAGGGCAUCUCGCUCUGCAUCGUUGCCCUCCCCUCCGGCGGCUGCCCCUGGUAAGCACGCGGGUUACUGCCCUAAGCCCCGGGGGCGCGCCUUACGGGUGGUUGUCCGUAGAGCGUCGAGCACGCGCUCGGAGUGUCCGCUGGUCGGGGGCGCGCGGCUCCGGCCUGUCUGCUGGCGGUGAUCGGGCGAAGAUGGCGCCGGGCGGAUGGAAAUCCUAAUGACAGUCUCCAGAAUCGCUUCUAUCUGUACCAUGGGCGCCAAUGCCUCGGCAUUAGAGAAAGAGAUUGGUCCUGAACAGUUUCCUGUGAAUGAGCACUAUUUCGGUUUAGUCAAUUUUGGGAACACCUGCUAUUGCAAUUCUGUCCUUCAAGCGCUUUAUUUUUGCCGUCCGUUUCGGGAAAAAGUUCUCGCUUAUAAAAGUCAGCCCAGGAAGAAGGAGAAUCUCCUUACGUGCUUAGCGGACCUCUUCCACAGCAUCGCCACGCAGAAAAAAAAGGUUGGGGUGAUACCGCCAAAGAAGUUCAUUACCAGAUUACGCAAAGAAAAUGAGCUUUUUGACAACUAUAUGCAGCAAGAUGCCCACGAAUUCUUAAACUAUCUGCUCAACACGAUAGCUGAUAUUCUGCAAGAAGAGCGAAAGCAAGAAAAGCAAAAUGGCAGAAUACCCAAUGGUAAUAUCGACAACGAGAACAAUAACAGCACACCAGACCCCACCUGGGUCCACGAGAUCUUUCAGGGAACAUUAACCAACGAAACCAGAUGUCUUACUUGUGAAACGAUAAGCAGCAAAGAUGAAGAUUUUUUAGAUCUUUCAGUAGACGUGGAACAAAAUACAUCAAUCACUCAUUGUUUAAGAGGCUUCAGCAACACAGAAACCCUCUGUAGUGAAUAUAAAUAUUACUGUGAAGAAUGUCGCAGUAAACAGGAAGCACACAAAAGGAUGAAAGUAAAAAAGCUGCCCAUGAUUUUAGCUCUUCACCUGAAAAGGUUCAAGUACAUGGAUCAGUUGCAUCGAUAUACAAAACUGUCAUAUAGGGUAGUAUUUCCUUUAGAACUUCGACUUUUUAAUACGUCAGGAGACGCUACCAACCCGGACAGAAUGUAUGACCUUGUAGCUGUGGUAGUCCACUGUGGAAGUGGACCUAACAGAGGACAUUAUAUUGCAAUAGUGAAGAGUCAUGAUUUUUGGCUGCUGUUUGAUGAUGACAUAGUAGAGAAAAUCGAUGCACAAGCUAUUGAAGAAUUCUAUGGGUUAACAUCGGACAUCUCAAAGAACUCUGAAUCAGGCUAUAUUCUCUUUUACCAGUCUCGAGACUAAAUGAGAACUGUGAUGAGGGCAGGUUCUGCCUCGUUUCUUUUCUGGAUCAUUUGAAAACAGAAGCAGGCACUGAUUAUAUAUAAAUAUAUAUAAAAUGAUAUAGAUAUAUUAAUAAAAGGACAGUGGGAGCUCAGGGGGGCAUCAGCGCAGUUUGCACAUGUUGAAGCAAUGAACAUGGAUAAAGGAAAAACAAAGAAGUUAAUAUCAUGAGAGUUGAUGAAUUUGCUCAGGUAUCAUGCUUGCCAUAGAAAUAAGAAAUGGCCGUUUGUUUUCAUGGACCUGAAUUCAAAUAUUUGAUCUUGUCCCCCCUCCCUUCCGUUCAUAGAUAACCAUAACAUCCGUUUGGUGCUCAGUAGGACUCAUGGAAGUCACGCAGCACCUGUAGUUUAUACAGUUUUACAGAUGACCUCUCUGUAGUACGGACGAAGCAUCUGUUUGUUCAUACAUAAGGAGAACAAUUGCGCUAAAGGAUGAAAACUAAAGACACGCUAAAGAAA